CUCCCUCCUUAACGAGUUGGCUAUUUGCAUAUAUCCAACUUAUAUUAAUAGCUAGCACGGGACAGUCUUCAGUUCAAGAACAAGGAUAGGGAUUAUGGGCGACAAGAACAAUAGCUCGACUCUGGUUUUGUUUGGUUAUUUUGUUUUAACAUUGCUUUUCAUCACUGUGAAUGCUAAUGAUCUUGAAACAGAAGAUGAAACUUCAUUCUCAUAUGUUGUGGGCGCUACGGACGGACCUCAGAACUGGGGCAAUCUUAACCCGAAUUGGACACUUUGUGGAACUGGAAAAAGUCAGUCACCAAUUAAUAUCCUUGACUAUAAAGUAAAGCUUAACCGUACACUUGGUGAUCUGAAUAUAAAUUAUCGGCCAGCUGAAGCUCUAAUCAGAAACGCAGGGUAUGAAAUUGAGGUCAAAUGGACAGGAGAUGCCGGAGGAGUCAUAAUAAAUGGUGAUGAGUUUAAAUUGCAGGAAGUCCAUUGGCAUACUCCUGCCGAACAUACUGUGAAUGGAAUUAGAUUCAAUAUGGAGUUGCAUAUUGUUCAUGUCAACUCCGGAGGAGAUAUUGCUGUUGUUGGUAUCCUGUAUAAGUUAGGACCUGCUGAUCCUUUUCUUGCACAAUUUUUACCGUAUUUGCCGUCGGCUAGUGAAGAAGGAUUUCCUCUGGGGAUUGUUGAUCCAUCAAGUGUCAAGAUUCCAGGCAGAGAAUAUUACAGAUAUAAUGGUUCUCUAACGACUCCUCCAUGCUCAGAAAACGUUACUUGGACGAUAUUUAAGAGGGUGAAGACAGUCUCGAUCGAGCAAGUACAUGCACUAAAAGAUGCUAUUGAUGAUGAAAACACAGGAAACGCAAGGCCAAUUCAACCUCUAAAUGGAAGAACUGUAUACAUCUUUGAACCAAAACCUUAUCUUUCGUGAUACUAGUUGAAGAAGGAAGAAGAUUAAAGAAACAUCAUAAUAUUGCUUCAUAAAAAACUUAUGUGAUCUUGUCUGUCCUAUAUAUAAUAAAGGCAAAGGCAUAACUUGUUCUUCGUACGAUGUAGUAUGAACCUUUAGAUUAGGUAUUACUAUAAAUAAAAGUAAACAUGCAUUGUAA